ACGCCUCUCUCCCCUUAUAGCUUGAUCCAGUUCAGCUCUUUUGACUACUACUCAUUCUGUCUGGCAAAAAGCUGGACUCUGAAAGGGUCUGAUCUCAAUAUAUUGCUGGAGUUACGGUAGGUAGUUACUGAGACUUCCGAACGCUUGCUACUGGAACGUUUCAAGAUAUGUUUGGCAGUAAGAGAUGCAGGUUAAUUACUAUAAGCAGGAAGCUCCGGCAGCUCUGUUCCAGGAUACGGUGGCUGAUACAUGAGCGGCCAAGACCAAAGGUUGUGAUCAGAAGGUUGAGAAAGUUGAACUCCAGAGGUCAAGCAGAAGGAGGAACAGACGCCACGAAUUCUGAAAGACCAAUCCGAGUUGCUACAUUUAAUGUUGCAAUGUUCUCUCUUGCUCCUGCUAUUUCCAAAGCUGAGGAAUCUGCCAAUUUUGGUUAUGAAGAGGAAGGUUAUAUGGUGGCUCCAGGGAGUCCUUGCGAGUUUGACAUUCAGAGUAGGUCUCCAAAUUAUUACCCAAAGAGUAUCUUGAAGCAAUCUCCCCUGCAUCCUUCACUUAGUCCUGAGCAACUCUCUAGGCAGAAGAAGGUUUGGAUUAAUCUGCCUGAUAAUGAGAUUUCAUUGGCACGAUCACCAGACAUGUCCUUAGGCACAACAAAGAAAAACAAUAUGGUCAUGAGGUCUCCAGUGUGUUUGCCAGCCAGCAUGAUGAAAUUCUGGGGUGAAGAGAGUUUGAGAAGCAGUAGAAGCAUAGCAGAAGUGCUUAGAGAGGUGGAUGCUGAUAUAUUGGCAUUGCAAGAUGUGAAGGCAGAGGAGGAAAAAGGGAUGAGGCCUUUAUCUGACUUGGCUACUGCCUUGGGGAUGAAGUAUGUCUUUGCUGAGAGUUGGGCUCCAGAGUACGGAAAUGCCAUUUUGUCUAGAUAUCCAAUCAAGAAAUGGACAGUUCAAAAGAUUGCAAAUGAUGAUGAUUUCCGGAAUGUGCUUAAGGCCACAAUUGAAAUUCCUUGGGCAGGAGAAGUGAACUUCUACUGCACUCAACUUGACCAUCUAGACGAAAAAUGGAGAUUGAAGCAGGUGCAAGCAAUAAUUAAAUUGAACAACUCCCCUCACUUAUUGUUGGGAGGUUUGAAUUCUCUAGACGGAUCAGAUUACUCCUCAGAGAGAUGGGAAGACAUUGUUAAGUAUUACGAGGAUAUUGGAAAACCAAGACCAAGGCUUGAAGUGAUGAAGUUCCUCAAAGGAAAAGAGUACUCAGAUUCAAAGGACUACGCAGGGGAUUGUGAACCUGUUGUUAUCAUAGCCAAAGGCCAAAAUGUGCAAGGAACAUGCAAGUAUGGAACGCGUGUGGAUUACAUUCUCACAUCACCAGACUCACUUUACAGAUUCGUUCCUGGAUCUUACUCUGUCAUCUCAUCCAAAGGUACCUCAGAUCACCAUAUUGUGAAGGUUGAUGUGGUGAAGUUGAGAGCUCUUGUGAAAAUGCCAGCAGACAAAGGCCAGGAAGGAUAACAUACUCUAGCUGUUCUCCAGGCAUAUGCAUGAAAAAUAAACACAUGAAUUACAC